AUGGAGGAGAAGGCCCCGCGCAGCGUGAGCAGCUCCCGCAGCACCAAGCCCUACCUGGAGAAGCUCACCUUGGGGGUGACCCGCAUCCUAGGUAAGGUGGAGGUGGAGCUGGCAUCCCUGGUUGCCAUGGAAACGACCAAGGGAUGGAGCCGCAAAGAGCCUUUCUUCCCUCUCUUGCUCAUUGCAUGGCGCUUCCCCCUCCCAACAGCCCUGUGAGGGAGUCCAGGCUGACCUAUAUUUUUCCUCACAACAGCCCUGUGAGGGAGGCCAGGCUGACCUAUAUUUUCCUAUAUUUUUCCUCACAACAGCCCUGUGAGGGAGGCCAGGCUGACCUAUAUUUUCCUAUAUUUUUCCUCACAACAGCCCUGUGAGGGAGGCCAGGCUGACCUAUAUUUUCCUAUAUUUUUCCUCACAACAGCCCUGUGAGGUAGGCCAGGCUGACCUAUAUUUUUCCUCACAACAACGCUGUGAGGUAAAUUCUUCUCCCCUCCCCCACCUUCCCCAACCUCCAUUCCCUCAAGACUUUUCCUUCUGGUUUUCCCUUGGCAACCCUUUCCUGUUUUGCGGGGCCCGUUGCAGUAGGACCCCCUCCUAAAGUGGCUCUCUGCUAUCAACCUAGCUUUCUUCCGGACUUGAGAAUCUCCGCAGCCAGUUAUUUCCUCUCAGCCUAGCCUGCCUCGCAGGGUCAUUGUGAUGACAAAAUGUGGGAGAAGAUAAUGACAUACCCCAUCUUGGGCUCCUCAGAGUAAAGGUGGGAUAUCAACGUAAUGAACAAAAAUGCUCCAGGGCUACUUUUUUAUUGCAUUUUUAUUACAGGUUUACCUCCAAGGAGCCCAAUGUGGCAUAGAUGGUUCUCUCCCUCCUCAUUUACCGUAAUCACCGCAACCACUGUGAGGUAGGUUAGACAGGCACUGACUGACACCCACCCACCCCCAGUCACCUAGUGAACUUCAUGGCCAAGUGGGGAUUCAAACUCUGGUCUCCCAAGUCUCAGCCAACACUCCAGCCACUGCACCACACUGCCUCUCCUUUGACCUUAAAGGUAAAGGUACCCCUGCCCGUACGGGCCAGUCGUGUCCGACUCUAGGGUUGUGCGCUCAUCUCACUUAAGAGGCCGGGAGCCAGCGCUAUCCGCAGACACUUCCGGGUUGCGUGGCCAGCGUGACGAAGCUGCUCUGGCGAGCCAGCACCAGCGCAGCACACAAACGCCGUUUACCUUCCCGCUGUAAAGUGGUACCUAUUUAUCUACUUGCACUUAAGGGUGCUUUUGAACUGCUGGGUGGGCAGGAGCUGGGACCGAAAGACGGGAGCUCACCCCGCCGCGGGGAUUCGAACCGCCAACCAUACGAUCGGCAAGUCCUAGGCACUGAGGUUUUACCCACAGCGCCACCCGCGUCCCCCUUUGACCUUGCUAUGGCAUAAAAUCCUGCCUGGACCGUCUCAUGUUUUGGACCUGACCUUCAGAACACUUGCCCCCCAAAAUAAGUUACCUUUGCUUGGAGGAAAAAUACCUGCUACUUUUUCUUCUUUUUAAAGGACUGCCUUCUCCAAAGCGUACAUGGCUCUUUUAAUAGUGUAAUCUUCUGUUUUGCCCUUGGGAUAUUUCUAAUCUAACAUCCAGGCUUUUAAGACAGAAUUUCCCGUUUGAUCUAGGAUUUGGUUCAGGCCCCUUCAGAACCUGCCGCUCACUCAUCCCUCGAAACCUUUGUGCAACCUCCGUCCCCCGUCCUGCCUGUGUUCCCUUUGAUCUCAGGAGAACCAAAUUUAUUCUGUUUAUAAUUUGCCGGCUUGUUAAAUGCUCCCGUGGCAGUGGUGCGGAGGAGGAAGGCCCCGCUGGAUGACUGGCCAUUUCCAUAAAGGAGAUCUGUAUUUUCGUAUUAAGGCUGGAACUAAAUGAUUUUAGGCGUGAACCCCAGAAUAGAGCACCGGAGACUGUUUUGCAGGGAGCCCAGGGGGAUGAACUAAAUGACCUAAUAGGAUUUCCCCCAUCUUUUACCUUUGAUGCUUCAAAGGGCUCCCUAAGGGUGGGGCCCCCUAUCUGUCCUCUUCUAUUUUCCAUGCAGAAACCUAAGAUCUGCCUGCUUGAUAGCUUCCAAACACCGUGUGCUGUGCAGCGACUUUCUUCCUCUAAUUACGUCUUCCCCAAAACCAGUGACCUCUGGGAGAUUUGGAGCUGAUGGAAGCUGUAAUGCAGUGGUGUCAUGGACCGGCUGGAUACAGAGAAGUGGUGGGAGGCACAAGCUGGGGAACCCCCAGGGGAAGAAGGCUCUUGGAAUCCGAAUCAAAGAAAAGCCUUCAACGACUAGGACCCAAAUUAUCUCAGGGCCUUCCUGAUUCCUAGUUCUUCAAGCACUGAGAAUCUCUGGUGGUUCCCAGCACCCCCAGUUUCAUCUAGUCUUCACUCGGGAUGUACCCUUUAGUGUGACAAGCCAAGCCCUGUGGAACUCCCUGCUACUAGAAGUUUGUCCUUCAGAGAUCUUUGGAAAGCUUUGUUUGGUUGUACGUUUACAAACUCAGUUAGAGGUGUGAGCUUGCUUUUGUUGUGUAAUGUUACUGAUAUUAGGUGUAAUUUGAGACAAACAUAUGCCUAUCAACAGAAAGAAAGCUUUCUCUUUUCUGAUGUUACAUAUUUGUUAGAGUUCAAAAUCCCUCUUCGCAACAACAGGUCAUGGAGAACUGUAGAAUAAUAGCCAAUGCUCCUGAAAAGAAGCAUGCAUGCAGUUUCUGGCAAUAUUCUCAAAAAUUAUUUUUAUACUAUACUAUACUAUACUAUACUGAAAUGUUUAAAUGUUGUUGUUUUUCCUGCCACACUUGCCAUUCUCCCCUGCCACCCCCUUUGAGAAGCACUACUCUCAGGGGUGUUGGACAUGUCCCCACCAAUUAUUCUCCCUCUGUUAAAUUGGGCCUGUAAUGAUGAACUGAAGAAUCAGGGGAAACUCACCUGCUGUUGGGUCCUGCUUUGAAGAGCACCCUCCGUGUGUGCAGCGCACCCUUCCUCUCGAUGCUGCCGCUCUGAUAGCUGUUAGUUUAGGAGGCACGAGUUUUCAGGGCAUGUAAUCCAGGGCAGCAGAGAACCGGACAUAGCGAUGACAUCAGGCAGCAGCCAGGCAGCUCAAGAAGAAAAGCGAUGCAAACCUGGAAAGAGCUGGCUCCGCGGGUGCAAAGCUAUAGAUGCAGCAGGGCAAGGGGUCAGUCUUGACAUAGGCUGACAAGAAUGCUGAGGGGGAGAGAUGAUAGGGCUGUCAGACAACAGCUGGAUACUGCAGGCCUGUUUCUGUCCAUCGGGGCCAAGCAAAGUAUAGGAGAAAGACAAAUGUUGGAAGUGAUAUAACGGACAAGAGGGCCAGCUGCACAUCAAGGCUUGUUUGUUUAUUAAAUUUGUACACUGCCCUACACCCAUAGGUCUCAGAGUGGAUCACAUAAAACCACAGUAUGAAAAUCACAAAAUACAAGUUAAAAAUAAGAACAAGAACAAACUAAUAAUACCCCCCCUUGUUUGCAGGCUAGCACACUCCACAAAGGAAGGAUGCCCUCCAGAUGUUGGGAAAUGAUUGUAGUUUAAUGGUAGAACAUCUGCAUUACACGCAGAAAGUCCCAGGUUCAAUCUCCAUCAUUUGCAGGUAGAGAGCUUCCCUACCUGAAACCCUGGAGAGCAUCUGAACCCUGGAGACAAUGGUGAACUAGGUGGCCCAACAGUCUGGUUGAGGAUAAGGCAGCUUCCUAUGUCCCAGUGUUGCAGUACUCCAACUCCCAUUUCUGCAAAUAUAGAAUCCUAGCUGCUAUUGUUACAUACAGAAACAACUUUAACUAAUUAUAACUGACCGCAGGUCACCACAGCCAAAAACUGCAGUAUCUAGCUCACCUUGCAAUGAUAAACACUAAAUUGAGACAAGACAAUUUAAGGAAAAUUCACCAGAAACUAUUCACUUUGGUUGUUGUUAGUGGCUGUGGACAUGCCAUAACACUACAGCACAUGACCCCCCUCCCCCCAAGAAUCAUGGGAACUGCGGUUUACCUCUAAACACAGUGCUAUAGGUCCCAGUGCAACACAUGACUGGCUUAUCCUAGAGAUCACUGCGUGCAAAAACUUGCGGUGCCAGAAGAUGUUGAGCCUAAUAUUUACCCUGGAAUCCCAACCACCUUUGCCCAGGACAAUGUACGACACCCUGGACUCAGUCAUUCAAACAGUUAUGUUGAGACUCAGUUAAAUUGUCCUAUGCCCCUCUUUUCAAGUUUGUCUAAAUCGUGGAGCACCAAUUAGUGGAACAGUGUGAUAGAUGGGUUGGAAUUAGGUGGAACGAAGGAAGAUUCAGGUUUAAAUUGCUAUAAAGGCUGAUCAUUAGAUCCAUACAUAUCACGUAGCUUGAUAUUGUACAUGAGCUUUUACACACUUUAUGCUGUGGUGCGAAAGGCAUUAUAACGAGGCUUGGCCACAAAACCCAAUCCUAGCUGUAAGACCUGUUCUUCCUCCGAUGUUGAGGUGCGGGAUGAGUUGUAGACUAUUAAUAUCUCUUCCUUUGCAGGGUACAUCUGCCCUCUUGAAAAUCCUGUUUAUCGUUUCCGAAUCUGUUUCUGGAGUAAAGGAUGUAAAGUGGAAUAUCGUUCAUCUAUGGCCGACUGCGAUGUGAUGCUAAGAGUCACUAGCAGACCUGGUUACGUUAAAAGACCUGGGUCUAGAGUCAGGCUAGUUACUUAUCCAGACCUCAUGGCGAGUUCUUUUUGCUGAGUUGCUUUUCAGAUGCCCUUAUGUCCAAAGGGGCUCCAAGUGAGCUAACCAACCAGCGGGCCAUUUCCCCUCUUGCAGGAUGGCUUUCUUCUUAAAGAAGAAGAAAAGUUCAUCAAAAGUUUAUCCAGUUAAUUUACAAGAGAGUGUCGUCCAGGACCCUGCUGCCCAAAGAACAUACCAACUCUUGCCAGUGCUGGUGAAGCCUCCUCAAGCACGUGCAGAGGCCUGGAGGAAGAACCAAGUCCAGCCAGUUGUUUUCCCUGAGUUACUACAGCACCAGGCCAGUACAGUUCAGCGGGUCAGCAGCAGACCAGACGAAAAGCAUUCUGGGCCAGUGUUCCCAGGUGAGUAGGCAGAACCAGAUCCCUUUCGGGUUCCUCUUUUUAAGGCCUGCAUCAUACGAGGCUGGUGUCUCUCUUGGUUUCCUUUUAUCUCUGGGCACAAGCCCCACCCACCCAGGCCCUAAGGAAGUCAGAUUAUCCUCUACCAGGGCCAGGGCCUUCUCAGUGAUUGCUCCAACCUGGUGGAAUGCUCUGUCGCAUGAGGCCAGGGCCCUGCAGGAUUUAACCUCCUUCCGCAGGGCCUGUAAGACAGAGCUAUUCUGCCUUGCUUUCAAUUUGAACUGAUCUUUUAUUCCCUUUCCUUCCCUCCCUCUCCCCUUUUUAUGAAGAUUACCUGCUCUGGGAUCCCACACCUAAUUCUCCCCUGGUCUCCUCACUGGCCCAAGUAGGACUAAUUUAGCCAGCUAGCCCUGGUGAUCAUCUAAUGUUUAUUGGAUGGAUUUUCCCCCAAAUUGAUUUUUGAAUUCUGAAUUUAUUGUUAUUCAUGUUUCAUACAGUAUUUUAUGCUUUUUUUUGUUGCAUCAAUUAAGUGUUUUACUUUUGUUGUUAGCCGCCUGAGCCCGGUUUUCUGAUCCGGGAAGGGCGGGGUAUAAAUAACAAUUUAUUUUUUUUAUUAUUAUUAUUAUUAUUAUUAUUAUUAUAGCAUGUCCAUGGCUACAGCCUGCACCAAAAAAAUCACGCAUCCAUUGUUGCGUGGGGCCACAAUGGCACAAAAAUGUGGUUACAAAGCACAGAUCCACAUGGAUCCUCAGGAUUUUUGCAUUGGGCUACUCCAAUCUCACCGUCAAAUCACAUGUCUGUGGCCACAGCAUGAACCACAAAAAUCAUAUAUCCGCUGUUUCGUUCAGAACAUUUUUUUUUCUUGUUUUCCUCUAAAAACUAGGCACGUCUUAUGGAGCGAAAGAUACAGUUUUAGUUUGGCAUUUGUGUUCCCUUUUAAUAAGAAUAAUAAGUGCUGGGGAGGCCAGAGAUUCACACUGUGGCCCGAAAUAACAAGGUGGAGCCAGUAGUCUUCCCAGAGCUGGUACAGCGCCAGACCAGCACCCUUCAGCCGGUCAACAGAAAGCCAGACUCCAGGCAGCAGCGGCACUUGCCCCUGCUGAAAAAGAAGAGCCCCAAGGAUUCUGGGCCAGCGUUCCCAGGUGAGUAGGCAGAACCAGAUCCCUUUCGGGUUCCCCUUGGCAAGGCCUGCGUCAUACAAGGCUGGGGUCUCUCUUGGUUUCCUUGAUCUCUGGGCACAAGUCCCACCCACCGCACCCCUCCUUUUUAAAGAGACUUGUAACAUGGAGCAGGGACUUCUGGGUGGCUGCCCCUCUUCUGCAUUGCUGAGGAUUGGACUAGGUGGCCCCACAGGUCCCUUCAGAUGCUACAGUUCUAUGAUCCCUGUUCAGAUACGACAUGCAUCUGCUCAUCGCAACAGUCAAGAAGCCCCCUGACAAAGAACUUGCCCUGUUUUUUCAUGUAUAAGAUGAGGUAUUUGUGGAGUAUGGUGGUUAAAGGGUUAACCCCUAGUGGUGUCCUGUAUCUGGGGGUGGAGCUUCGUUCAGGAAGCUGCGUCAGUUCUUUGUGAGUUACUUUCAGUUUUUACGCUGAGAGACGCUGAGACACAGAGCGUGUUUUGUUCUCCGGCACAGAGAAUGCCUCCAAGUUCUGAUGGAUUUAUUGCUUGUAAGUAAACGCUGUUAAAGAGAGAACAGCUUGUGGACUCUUCCUUACUCUUUCUCACACGGAGGCAACACUGCGACUCUGCAUACUGCUUAAGGUAGCUCCUGACUAAAGCCUGCACUGAGAAACACAGCAGAAGUUUUGCACAGAGGGAGUGUACUGGACACGCAGUUAUUCACAGGUUAUGGGAAGCAACGUUUCUUUUGCCGGGUGUGAGAAGAGACCACAAGGAAAGAAGCCAGCUUUGAACUCCUGCCUGAGAAGGGGGCAGUCCUGAGUUCGCUGGUGAAGCAGGAGCUUGCAGCAGACUGCAUCUUCAGGGGACCGGCUGGCAGAAACGUGAGUAAAGCUUAUAAGCCCCAGGGGAAGAUGGCACAGGCUCAAGAGGCUUUUAACGUGCCCUUUGGGAAGCUAACUGGCCCCAACUGGGAUGAGUGGUCCGUCAGAAUGAAGUACUGGCUGCUGGGAGAACAGCUCUGGUCUUGCAUGCAUCCCCCACUACCUCAAGCUGCUGAGAAAGCUUGUGAGGCUGUGCUGGUCCUGGAGGGGUUACCGUGUGCCAUGGUCCGAGUCCAGUCCUGGGUCGAGGGUCUGGAGGCUGUCUGUCAAGGGCGAAGCGGGGUCCAAGGCAAGGAGCCGGGCAUGGUCAGGAACUCCGGAAGAGCAGGUCAGAGUGCUGGCAGCAACAGGUUUCCAGCGAUGUUGCUCCCACAACUUGGGACUGGGCUGACUGGCCUUUAUCUCCUCUGGGGCCUAGGGCGGUCCCGGCCCACAGGUGACUUGCCUCUCCGGGCCUUAAGGUGAGCACUCCUCCUGUGAGAACUUAGUUCCCUCCGUCUCUCUGCCCUGAGCCUCUGCAGCUCAGGAGAGGCUGGAGGGUUACUGGACCCAGAGGCAACCUCACCUUCCCCUGACAGGGCUGGGAGAGGAGCACCUGCAGGCAAUGGGUCCUCAAUCACCUCCGGAGCCAGAGUGGAUUCAUCUGGUGUCUGCUCCUGAGGAUCCGGCACAGAUGCGGGCCCUUCAGAUUCAAGCCCCUGCCCUGGCUCAGCCGGCCCUGGAGACGGGGACUCCUGUGCAGGCUGGGAUUCUUCAGGUUCAGCCUCUGAAUCAGAUUCUCAGGCCAUCACAGAGGCAGACGUGGCUGCAGCUCUGGAAAAGGAGCAGUGGGUGCUGGGCAUACUAAAAGCAAGCGUGGAUGCUUGGCUUUUGCCUCAUGUAGAGGGCAUUAAGGAGUCCCGGGUCGCUUGGCAGGCACUGGAGAAGGCGUUUGUAGCCACAGUGGGAGCCAAAGACCGAGAGGGGACUGUGAGCCCAGUGGGGGCUGAAAGGAGCCCAGUGAGGGCUGAAGGCAACGUUCCUGGAAGCUGUUCCUAUGCUUCAACACAUCUGUGCGAUGAACAGGGAGAGACGCAGAGAGCUGGGAGGAAAGCACUGGCAAGCUGUUCCUCAGGAAGCUGGGCACCCAGGAGUGGGGGUGCAGACAGCAGCUGUAAGAGCUCUGUGAAAGCCAAAGUCUCCAAGAGUUGUUUUCGCCAUGAGAACUGUUCUGCAGAGGCUCAGGAAUGCAAGGUCAGCCAGCAGAGAAAGCAAAUAAGCGAAGGUUCUCAGACAGCGAAGCAUGAGAACACUGGCAGAGGCCCUAGUGGGGGCGGAAGUGUUUCCAUGGCAAUGUUGGAAUGUCAACAAUCAGCCACUCUCUCUUUUAUCGUGGACAAUGGAGCGACUCACACUCUAGUGCCAUCUGGUGGACUUCUUUGAAAUUGCAAGUCUGAAAAGUGGACGAUAUGUGUCAUUGGCUGAUGGAUCGAAGAGACAGUUAACUGAGACUGGCAUGUUGUAUUGUUCUUUUCUAGAUCAUGAAGUCCAAGCUUUUGUGGUUCCUGAGAUCGCCAACUGUCUUUUAAGUGUGUCCGCUCUUGUAGCUGAUGGCUUCAGUGUAAAGUUUGCAAAUAACGUGUUCUUUUUUCAGGGAUGGGAAGAAGCUAUACAGUACUGAGUGCAAAGAUAGGCUGUUCAUGGUGGAGAUGCCUAUUGCUAAUGUUGCUGUUGUGAACCCCCUGAAGAGGCACAAGUGCAAUGCGCAAACAUGACACCACACAAUGGUUGUGUACAUCUUUGGCACAGGAGAUUUUCCCACACAGGGUGGUCCUACGUUAACAAGGCCCCAAAGAAUACUGAGGGGUGUAAGUUUAAGGGAUGUGACAAGUUCUUAGAUUGCAGAGCCUGUAAACAAUCUAAGGUAACCACAUGCACAUAUCCUAGAUCCACUAGAAAAACCAGCAGGCCCUUUGAGCUAGUCCAUGCAGAUUUGUGUGGCCCCAUGCAGGUAGUGUCUUUGGGUGGAUCAAAACACGUUCUGUUGCUGAUCGAUGAUUUUUCGAAAAACUCAUGGAUUUUUACGAUCCGACACAAGAGUGAGGCUGCUGCAUUGAUUAAAGAUUGGAUCACAGCAGUAGAGAUAAGAUUUUCCACGAGAUUGGUGUCCUUUCAAAGUGAUAGAGGCUACUCUUAUACAUGGGUAGUGCUGAGGGGGGACGGGCGGUUGGUUGUAGCCACCAGGAGGAGAUUUCCAGCAGUGAUUUCUUUGCUGCGGAAAGGGCUGUUGUGGAUUGGCUGCUGCUGUGGCAAUCGGGCAGACGAUAGGUGACUUGGUUGAUGCGUGCAAUUUGAUUAAUGGCUACCCCCCCAAAAAAAAAAAAAAAGCUCAACAACUCUGGGCAAUCCCCUCCCAAAAACAAGUCUUGGCAAUCUCUCCCCAUUUUCUAAAUACUGAGUACCCAAAAAUAGGGGGCGUCUUAUACACGGGGACAUGUUAUACACAGAAAAAUGCGGUACCUUUCCCUCUCGUCCACCUCAUUUACUCCUCUCUCUCUCUCUUUCUCAAGAGCUCUCAGAUGAAAACUUCGGGGAAUUGUUGACGGGUAAGAAGAUGCUGGGAGGAAGAACAUUCAGAGAAACUUUGGAGAUGAUGGAUGAGAGGGAAAUUUUAGACACCAUCCUCCAACACCCCCAUCCACUUCACUUCUCCAGGUGUGUGUGAUGCAGGUUGGUUGAUUGAACUCAUGAGCUUUCCCAUGUUUGUUAUGAGGAGAUAUAUUUAAAUUAUGUGGUUGCUAAAAUGCAUAUACGGUACCUAUAAAGAUGUGACUGUCCAACGAGGCCUUACAAAUAGGGGGGGAGAGAAGGCAAGCAAAAUGUGAGAGAGGUAUUGAAAGAUACAUGAAAUUGAAUGCAGAUUUCCAAAAAAUAGCAAGGAGAGACAAGAAGGCCUUCUUAAACGAGCAAUGCAAAGAAAUAGAGGAAAACAACAGAAUGGUGAGAGCCAGAGAUCUGUUCAAAAAAAUUGGAGAUAUGAAAGGAACAUUUUGUACAAAGAUUACCAUAAUAAAGGACAAAAGUGGAAAGGACCUAACAGAAGCAGAAGACAUCAAGAAGAGGUGGCAAGAAUACACAGAGGAAUUAUACCAGAAAGAUAUGGAUGUCUCGUACACCCCAGGUAGUCUGGUUGCUGACCUUGAGCCAUACAUCCUGGAAAGUGAAGUCAAAUGGGCCUUAGAAAGCACUGCUAAUAACAAAGCCAGUGGAAGUGAUGAUAUUCCAGCUGAACUAUUUAAAAUUUUAAGAUAUGAUGCUUUUACGGUUCUACGGUCAAUAUGCCAGCAAGUUUGGAAAACUCAGCAGUGGCCAGAGGAUUGGAGAUCAGUCUACAUCCCAAUCCGAAAGAAGGGCAGUGCCAAAGACUGCUCCAACUACCGCACAAUUGUGCUCAUUUCACACGCAAGGUUAUGCUUAAAAUUCUACAAGGCAGGCGGACCGAGAACUCCCAGAAGUGCAAGCUGGAUUUCGAAGGGGCAGAGGAAUCAGAGACCAAAUUCCAAAUAUGUGCUGCAUUAUGGAGAAAGCUAGAGAGUUCCAGAAAAACAUCUACUACUGAUUCAUUGACCACCCAAAAGCAUUUGACUGUGUCGACCACAGCAAACUAUGGCAAGUUCUUAAAGAAAUGGGAGUGCCUGAUCUCCUCAUCUGUCUUCUGAGAAAUCUCUAUGUGGGACAAGAAGCUACAGUUAGAACUGGAUAUGGAAGUACUGAUUGGUUCAAAAUUGAGACUGUAUAUUGUCUCCCUGCUUAUUUAACAUAUGCAGAAUUCAUCAUGCGAAAGGCUGGACUGGAUAAAUCCCAAACCGGAAUUAAGAUUGCCGGAAGAAAUAUCAACAACCUCAGAUAUGCAGAUGACACAACCUUGAUGGCAGAAAGUGAGGAGGAAUUAAAGAACCUUUUAAUGAAGGUGAAAGAGGAGAGUGCAAAAUAUGGUCUGAAGCUCAACAUCAAAAAAACUAAGAUCAUGGCCACUGGGCGCAUCACCUCCUGGCAAAUAGAAGGGGAAGAAAGGGAGGCAGUGAGGGAUUUUACUUUCUUGGGCUCCAUAAUCACUGCAGAUGGUGACAGCAGUCACAAAAUUAAAAGACGCCUGCUUCUUGGGAGAAAAGCAAUGACAAACCUAGACAGCAUCUGAAAAAGCAGAGACCACCUUGCCAACAAAGGUCCAUAUAGUUAAAGCUAUGGUUUUCCCAGUAGUGAAAACUUUGAUUUAAAAGAUGCUUGGAGAUUUAAGCAUCCUAUAAAAAAGAUUUAUUUUUUUUAAAUAAUUUUUUAUUAAGGUUUUAAACAAAGAAAAAAGAAAAAACAACACACACACACACAAAAAAAUACAAAACUUAACAAUAAAAUCACAAAACAUAACAAUUAAAAACAAACUCUCUUUUCCAUUCCCAAUUUUAAAUUACUUAUUUUCUGGACUUCCUCAUACCUCCCCAAUUUGUAUUCCAAUCCACAUUAUUUGUCCAGCAGUUUCUUUUCCACUUUUUUAAUCCCAAUCUUUAAUUUAAUAAAAUGUUAAUAAAAUGUUAAAAUAUAUAACUUCAACUUUUUUAAACCUAAUCCUUGCUCUUAAUGUCAUAUAGCUUUAAAUUUUUCCUUUUUAUUAUCAAAUUUCCAUUUCUUUAAAACAUCUUUAAUCUUAAUCUUUAAUCUUAAUCUAUCCUUAACUUUAACCUGUACAGAUGGAAACCACUUAUUUUCAAUCCAACAUCACUCUAACAUUCCUUAAUUUUGCAAUGUUUCUGAAGAUAGUCUUUGAAUUUCUUCCAGUCUUCCUCCAUCGACUCUUCUCCCUGGUCACGGAUUCUGCCAGUCAUUUCCGCCAAUUCCAUAUAGUCCAUAAGUUUCAUCUGCCAUUCCUCCAGCGUGGGAAGUUCUUGUGUCUUCCAAUACUUUGCGAUGAGUAUUCUUGCUGCUGUUGUUGCAUACAUAAAGAAAGUUCUAUACUUUUUUAACACCAUUUGGCCCACUAUGCCCAGGAGAAAGGCCUCUGGUUUCUUGGGAAAGGUAUACUUAAAUACCUUUUUUAAUUCAUUAUAUAUCUUUUCCCAGAAAGCCUUAAUUUUUGGGCACGUCCACCAAAGGUGAAAAAAUGUACCUUCAGUUUCUUUACAUUUCCAACAUUUGUUAUCGGGCAAGUGAUAGAUUUUCGCAAGCUUGACUGGGGUUAUGUACCACCUGUAUAUCAUUUUCAUAAUAUUCUCUCUUAAGGCAUUACAUGCCGUAAAUUUCAUACCUGUGGUCCAUAACUGUUCCCAGUCAGCAAACAUAAUGUUAUGUCCAACGUCCUGUGCCCAUUUAAUCAUAGCCGAUUUUACCGUUUCAUCUUGAGUAUUCCACUUCAGCAGCAAGUUAUACAUUCUUGACAAAUUCUUAGUUUUGGGUUCUAACAAUUCUGUUUCUAAUUUGGAUCUUUCCACCUGGAAGCCAAUUUUCCUGUCCAAUUUAAAUGCCUCCAUUAUCUGAUAAUAAUGAAGCCAGUCUCGCACUUUGUUUUUAGUUUUUCAAAACUCUGCAAUUUCAGUCUAUCUCCGUCUUGUUCCAAAAUUUCCCAAUAUUUCGGCCAUUUGACCUCCAUAUUGACCUUUUUCAAGGCUUUCGCUUCCAUUGGUGACAGCCAUCUUGGGGUUUUGUUUUCUAACAAAUCCUUAUAUCUUAACCAAACAUUGAAUAGCGCUUUCCUGACAAUGUGGUUUUUAAAUGCUUUAUGUGCUUUGACCUUAUCAUACCAUAGAUAUGCAUGCCAUCCAAAUACAUUAUUGAAACCUUCCAAGUCCAAAAUGUCAGUGUUUUCAAGAAGUAGCCAUUCUUUCAACCAGCAAAAGGCUGCUGAUUCAUAAUAAAGUUUAAGGUCUGGCAGGGCAAAUCCACCUCUUUCCUUUGCAUCUGUUAGUAUUUUAAAUUUUAUUCUAGGCUUCUUGCCCUGCCAGACAAAUUUAGAGAUAUCUUUCUGCCACCUCUUGAAACAAUCCAUUUUGUCCACAAUCUGCAAAGUUUGAAACAAGAACAACAUUCUAGGCAAUACAUUCAUCUUUAUCGCUGCAAUACGGCCUAGCAGUGAAAGCUUCAAAUUUGACCAAAUUUCUAAAUCUUUUUUCACUUCUGACCAACAUUUUUCAUAAUUAUCCUUAAAUAGGUUCCCAUUUUUUGCUGUCAUGUUAAUCCCCAGGUAUUUAACUUUCUUGACCACUGUUAAACCUGUCUCAUUCUGAAACCUCUCUCUUUCAAACGGUGUUAAAUUUUUCUCUAAAACCUUGGUUUUUGAUUUGUUCAAUUUGAGUCCUGCCACUUGACCAAAUUCUUGAAUCAGUUCUAAAACCCUUUUUGUACUAGAUUCUGGCUCCUGUAACGUCAAUACUAAGUCAUCUGCAAAUGCUCUCAAUUUAUAAUGUUUAAUUCCGACCUGGAUACCUUUAACCAUCUGGUCCCUUCUGAUCAUAUUCAGCAGAACCUCCAGGACCGAAAUAAAAAGAAGUGGGGAAAUUGGGCAACCUUGUCGUGUCCCUUUUUCAAUUUUAAGUUCUUCUGUAACAACAUUAUUUACAAUUAGUUUAGCCUUUUGUUCUGAAUAAAUUGCACUUAUACCAUUCUCAAAACCUUGGCCUACCCCCAUACCCUGUAGAUUCUUCUUCAUAAAAUUCCAAGAAAUAUUGUCAAAGGCUUUCUCCGCGUCUACAAAUAUCAAUACUGCUUUAGUGUUAAUAUUCACUUCUAGUUUUUCCAGAAUAUCAAUUAUAUUCCUCACAUUAUCAGACAAAUGUCUUCCUGGGAGAAAGCCCGCUUGGUCUUUAUGAAUCUCUUCCAACAACACCUUCUUAAAUCUCUUCGCCAAAAUAUCUGCAAAAAUUUUAUAAUCCACAUUAAGUAAUGAUAUAGGGCGGUAGUUCUUAAGUUGUGUCUUUUCAGUCUCUGUUUUUGGUACAAGUGUAAUAUACGCUUCUUUCCACGACUCUGGUGCCCUCUUCCCCUCCAUAAUUUCGUUGCAGACCUCUUUCAAUGGUUGAAUUAACCAUUCUUUUAAAGAUCUAUAGUAUGUAGAGGUCAAGCCGUCUGGUCCUGGAGAUUUACCCAGUUGCAUAUUUUGAAUGGCACCUUCUAUUUCCUGUUCAGUUAUUCUGUCGUUCAAAAUUAGUCUCUUUUCUUGAGAUAUUUUUUGUAAUCCAUUUGUUUUCAAAAAUUGGUCUAAAUCUGUUUCUUUCACUGGCCCUUGAGUAUAUAGUCUUUUAAAAUACUUCUGGAAACAACUUCUAAUCUCUGCAGGGUUCUGUAUAUUCCUUCCUUCCACUUCUAGAUUCGUAAUCGUAUUUAAUUUUUGUCUCUUUUUCAUUUGCCAUGCCAACAAUUUACCACAUUUAUUAGCCGAUUCAAAAGUCUUUUGUCUCAUUUGUUUAAUCUUCCACUCUAUUUCCUGAUUCAUUAUUUUCAUAUAUUGUACUUGAUGUAACUUUAACUCUCUCAAAAUCUCUUGAGAUUUAGGAUUUACUCGCAGUCUUUUUUCACAUUCAUUCAUUUUAUUCAUAAUUUUAUCCUUCUUUUCAUUUUGAGUUUUUUUCUUUAUCGCGUUCUGUUGUAUUAGGAACCCUCUCAUAACAGCUUUACUUGCGUCCCAGAUUACUCUUUUCUCCACGUUGGAACUGAGAUUUAUCUCGAAAUAGUCUCUUAAAGUUUUUUGGGCCUUCUUGAGAAAUUCUCCAUCUCUAAAUAAGGUGUCAUUCAUCUUCCAUCUGAAGGAGCCAGUUGGUGUUAGUCUCAUUUCCAUCUUAACAGCAUUAUGGUCGGAGCAAAUUUUCGGGCAGAUUUCCACCUUUCUUGUCUUUGGUGCCAUUCCUCUAGUUAUCCAAAUUUGGUCAAUUCUUGUCCAAGUCAUUUUGGCUUCAGAAAAGAAGGUUCCCUCUUUUGCCAAGGGGUUUCUAAUUCUCCAAAUGUCCACUAAGUCCAAGUUGUCUGUCAAGUCAAAAAAGGUUUUCGGUAGUCUACCAUCUUUGGUGACUACCUGUCUUUGUGCCUUGUCCAUAUAAGUAGAUACCACUCCAUUCAUAUCUCCCAUCAAAAUCAUGUUGUAAUCCAUAUGGUCCAUCAAGGUCUCAUGCAACUUCUUAAAAAAAUCAGAUUUCCCAUCAUUUGGUGCGUAAACUCCUACAAUCAAAAAUUUUUCUCCUUGUGUUUGAAUUUCAAUUGCCACAAAUCUUCCUUGGUCAUCCUUAAAAACAAAUUUUGGUGAUAAAUUGUCUUUUGCAUAAAUCACAACCCCUCUCUUUUUAACUUUAUCUGACGAAAUGAAUUCCUGACCAAGUCUUUUGUUUAUCAACAAUUUCCUGUGUAAUCUUGUUAUAUGUGUUUCUUGUAGACAAAUUAGGUCCAAUUGUUCCUUUUUAAUAUAUGAAAUACUGACUUCCUUUUCUGAGGGGAAUUCAAACCCCGACAGUUCCAUGUUAAAAGUUGCAGGGCCAUGAUGUUAUUGUUUUAGUUCUCCUCCUACUGCACCUAGUGCCUGUUCCUCAUCCGUCGGUGGUAUCCCUUCUUUCGAAAGGUCUUUUGGUUCCGGAAAUAGUUCUUUUUGUAGGUCUUCUCCGUGGUCUCUACAAAAUUUGUCUUUGUCGUCUUCUGAUCUUAUUUUCCUCUUCUUUCCUUUGUAGCUAAAAGACAGGCCUUGAGGAAGUUCCCACCUGAAAUUUAUAUUGUUCCUUCUCAGCAGGGUAACCAAGUCUUUAUAUUUUGAUCUGAGAUCCAGCAGAUAUUUCGGAAUAUCUUUGAAUAUUUCCACCCUUGACCGCUGGAUUUCCAGUGCCAUCUUAAAAUGUAGGCCCAAAAUCUUGUCUCUCUCUUCUUUUGUUCGAAAAGUAAUCAGACAGUCUCUCACCUUCUUCUCUCCUCUUCUCCCAAGUCUAAAGGCAUUUACUAUUCUGAAACUGUCUUUUACCAAUUCUGGAUCCCAAAAGUCCAAAAAUUCCUGCGUGAGAAAUUCAGCUAGAUUGUCCUUUUCCACCUCAGGUACCGAUCUGACCCGAAGGUUCACUUGCUUCUCCUUCAAAUCUAUCAUAGACAGAGUUAGUUUGUGGUCUUCCAAUUGUUUAUGCAGUGUUGGUAAUUCCUCUUGAACCUCUUUAACUUCCGUAGCAGAAGUUGUAGCAAUUUCUUUAGCCUCUUCAGCAAUCUGACGAAUUGAGGCCGAUUCCUCUAAUAAUUUCUGAAUAGUCUCUGUGUUGGUAUUUACUUUUUGGCCCAAAUUAUUUAUGUUUACUGUAUUCUGGUUAGUACUUGCUGUAUUCUGGUUAAUACUUGCUGUAUUCUGAUUAAUACUUAAUGUAUUUUGGUCAAUCUUCUCAGAAGCCUCUGCUACUUGUUGACUUAUUUUAUUCAAAGAUUCAUUCACUUUGGCCAAAACCUGAGCAAAGGCUUCUUCACUUGUCGUACUUUUUACCUUUGAUUGUGCCAAUGAGGUUGUUGAUGAGGUUCCAGAAGGGCCUGAGGCCGAAGCUCUCCUUUGUAAUCCUUCUUCUGUACGAAGAAUCUUCCCAGAUCUUGUGGUCAAAGCAUCCGCUUUCUCUUUCCCCUCUGCCAUUCCUUAGAUAACGCCAAGGUCAGUCACGUAUUUGAAGUUAAACAGUGGAAAUUUCCUAGCCAGGCAGUGUGAGAACUCCUCAAAGCUGCUACAGUUUCAAUUGUAACAAAUUGUAACAGUUCCAAGUUCCACUAGGGGGACACUGUAACAGUCAUAAAAGUUCUUGGAUACUUUAAUUCCUUUUUUUUUCAAGCCCCCCUAGUUUAUUCAGGACGAAAACAGUCUAUUCAAAAUUUUUAACUUAAGACCCGGAGAUACAUUCACAUAAAUUGUCCAAACUUUUAUUUCUUGUGCUGGACUAGCUGUCAAAAUAUAUUGCAAGACAGUACCUCUCUUUCUUUCCUGAGAUCUGGAGAUCCUUUCCCAGGGAGUUGAGUGGUGGUUCAAUCCCUUCUUUUCCACCCUUUGUGAAGAAAUCACAUCCACAAUUCUCCCCCUUUUCCCUCAAUUUGCAAAGGGAAAAGUCCAGGUUAGAUGAUUGGAUUAAAGUCCACUGAAACGUACUUUCCAAUUGCUUCCGCUUUCAAGUUCAAUGCUUUAUUUUAUCUACAAAUAAAGAGGCUGACUUCCUUUUUAAGCCUCUUUCCGUUUUCGGCCAGAUUCCAGUUUUAUACAGUUCCAAUUUAAAUUGUAUCCUACUCACGGAUCGUUGAUUUUCAGGUCCGGAUUUUAAGGAAGAAAGGCAGCGCUCUCCAAUCAACAGCUUGCGGCUUCACACCACGAACGAGCAGACAGCCCACAGCACAGCGCUCUCCCCGCUCCGCUUCAAAGCCCGUUGCCGGGCUUCCUACCGGGCUGGGGGGCGCGCCAAAUGUGCCCGCUGGGUCCCAGGCUCACAGGCUUCUCCCGCCUGUGAUUUUUAGGGGUCCCCCGCUACGCCGAAAGCGGGAUCCGACCCUUAAUUCGCAGUGAAAUUUCCUCCCGAUGGAGGAAAUCCGCCAUUAAUCGCUGGCGCCGCCUCCGGAAGUCCCUAUAAAAAAGAUUUCACCCACUUUUCAGAACCGAACCAAUCUGCCAGUAACAUAGAUACGCUAUGGAUUUUGAAAGAAAUACUGUGGAGAAUAGUGGUAAUACAGUCAAAAACAAUUUCUGACCACAACCCCAUGAUGUUAACAAAGGGAGCCCUUUGAAGCAUCAAAGGUAAAAGAUGGGGGAAAUCCUGUUCGGUCAUUUAGUUCAUCCCCCUGGGCUCCCUGCAGAACAGUCUCUGGUGCUCUCUCCUAGGGUUCACGCCUAAAAUCAUUUCGUUCCAGCCUUAAUACAAAAAUACAGAUCUCCUUUAUGGAAAGGGCCAGUCAUCCAGCGGGGAAAGUAUCAGGUUUCUUCCUCCAAGUAAAGGUAGCUUAGUUGGGGGGGGGGCAAGUGUCCCGAAGUUCAGGUCCAAGCAUGAGACGGUCCAGGCAGCGUUUCAUGCCAUAGCAAGGUCAAAGGAGAGGCAGUGUGGUGCAGUGGCUGGAGUGUUGACUGAGCCUUUGGAGACCAGAGUUCGAAUCCCCACUUGGCCAUGAAGUUCACUAGGUGACCAGGCAGGGGGUGGGUGUCAGUCAGUGCCUGUCAGUCUAACCUACCUCACAGUGUUGUUGUGGUGAUUAAAUGAGGAGGGAGAGAACCAUCUAUUGCACACUGGGCUCCUUGGAGGAAAACUUGCAAUAAAAUAAGUAGCCCUGGGACAUUUUUGUUCAUUACAUUGAUAUCCCACCUUUGCUGUGAGGAGCCCAAGAUGGUGCACGUCAUUAUCUUCUCCCACAUUUUGUCAUCACAACGACCUUGCGAGGCCAGUUAGGCUGAAAGGAAAUAACUGGCUGCGGAGAUUCUCAUUAUGGAAUGGGGCAUCCCUGUUUUCAUCAGAGAAAUGUUGGAAGGUAUGUGGCUGCAGCAUCUGCCUUCUCAUCUCCCUGUGUCUGUAUCUGUGGCAUCAGCAUCAGCCGGCCACAGCCACCAGCUUGCCCUUGCCUUCUCCAUCACAGAUGUCUUCUAAGACAUUUUGUCACUAUUAUCUAUGUGUAGCACAGCCACAAACAGAGGCCCAGCAACACUGCCGCAUCCACAGUUAUGCUAUGGAACUCCCUGCCACAAGACGCACAGGUGGCCACUAGCUUGGAUGGCUUUAAAAUCAGAUUGGACAAAUUCAUGGAGGGUGGCUCUGCUCUUGAUGCCUCUGCUCUGCCUCCGUAGUUGGAAUAUAUAUAAAAAACAAAAAGCAUUGUCCAAUAGCACCUUAGAGACCAAUUAGUUUGUUCUUGGUAUGAGCUUUCGUGUGCAUGCACACUUCUUCAGAUACGCAUGCACAUGAAAGCUCAUACCAAGAACAAGCCUAGUUGAUCUCUAAGGUGCUACUGGACAAUUUUUUAAUCUAUUUCUUUCUAUUUCUGCUGCGUCAGACCAACACAGCUACCUACCUGAAUCUAGAUCCAUAGUUGGAGGCAGCAAUGCUUCUGAAUACGAUUUGCAGGAAACCACAGGAGGGUUCCAGUUUAACAACUGGUUGAAUGUUUUUUGGAUUGAUUUUUUAAAAUGGCAUUUGUUAGAUUUGCAAAUGUUAAAUGCUUUUUUUAAAAAAUUGAUUGGUCCUUUUUCAUCUUUAAUUGUACUCUUGUGUAUAAAUAUUAUAUUGAGUUGCAUUGUCAAGUCAACCUUUUGGGACUGUUAAAAGAGGAAAUUCCCUUUAAUAUAGUCCCGAUUCUUGUAGAGGAAAGGAACACCGUGUAGAGUGCGUUUUGAGGCUCUUACCGGUCAGGAGUAACAAAUAGAGACAAAAACAAUUAAUAUUAAAGCAAGGCGGCAAUUAAGCCCGAUCGUUUAUUGCAAAGAAAAGAUCUGUUGCACCAGGGUCCCUGCUCAGCGGAGGAGCAACCCGAACAAAAGAAAACUCAGACAUUUAUACCUUUCAUUUUCCAUACAGAAGGAAUGAGCAAGUGAAAAAAACAGGAUGUCAGACUAGGUGCGGCAUGAGGGAUUUACAGGUAAAUCAUAAGGACAAAUAGUUGUUAAUGGUAGCAUUUGUGGAUACUUGAUUUCUAUGGUGUAGACAGUGUAUACAAAAGGAUUUAGGCAGAUUCCUGUUUUUCCCAUGUUUAUUGAUGGCUAUGUAUUGUUUGUUUUUCUGAUUUUUCAGGAAGACUUUGAGUGAUGCCUGGAGCAGAUCCAUAAGAGAGGAAACAAAGACAGGAUUUUGGGUGUUUUCUGGUACUUUGCAUAUAUAAGUGUGAUUGUAUAGCCUUGUUUUGAAUAAAGUCAUUCAACUUGUGAAUUGGUCUGUGUGUGUACUGUAGACUUCGUAGAUGGCACUGUGUAGCCACGGACAACUAUGACAUUUCUUAUUAGUAUCAAAGUUUUGCAGAUACAUUGGUACAAAUAAAGAAAUACACAAUUUUUUGUCAGCAUUGAAAAGUAAAGAUACAGAAGGUAACAGAUACAAAAUACAGAUACAGUAAUACAGAUACGUGAAAUUUCAGUAAAAACUUAGUGACACAGUACAAGUGUAUAGAUGCAACGAUGCGACAAAUGUAAUGUCAGCAGACGAACCUUGAGGGGAUUUUUUGAGGGACUUUAUAACUCACUUUAUGAUCGUUUAUUAUUCUUAUAACAGGACUAUAGAAUAAUCUACCAACUAAACCCGGGGUUGGCAAACUUUUCCGCCGGUGGGCCAAAUCGCCCACAUGAGCACGCACACUUGUGCACAUGCGCCCAUGCCCGCCGCUCUUUCCCCGCUGGCUUUCGGAGCCACAGCGGGGGGGGGGGGAGAGUUUACAGCUUCCUAUUGGCUGCAGGAGCUUCCUGCAGCCAAUAGGAAGCUGUGGCUGCGUCCUGGAAGUCAGUCCCCAUGCGGAGGAACUGGAGCAGCACGGCGGUUUAGCUCCGUGCAGGGACUGACCGAGCGGGCGGCAAUGGCUUCCUAUCCUGCAGUCAAUAGGAAGCCAUUGCUGCCCGCUCAGUCAGUCCCCGUGCCGAGCUAAAUCGGACCUACGACCAAUUUUCAAACAGGCAUGUGCCUACAUACACCGCCCUGACACCAAGGAAAGAGCAAUUGGGAUGGCUUGCUACACGGAGGUGAGAGUCAGAAACGGGGAAUGCAUGCAGGCGCUCCUGCUUUGAAACAACUGCACCCAGGCAGGCAAGGAAAGCAGAGGGUGUAAGAAGGUCUCCUGCGCCACCAUUGAUGGCUGGCAGGCCUGCACUCUGCCUAGGGCAGCAAUUUCUACAGGCCUUAGAUAAGAGCUGAGGGCAGUGUGCAUUAACUAACUCCUUGCGCUUUGCUCCCCCUUUCUUCCCGCCCGGGGGGCCCUGCCCUCUGCCUGCCCCUCAGAGCCAGCAUGGCACACAGGGCUGGGCUUUGGUGGCCACAGCCUCUUCUCCUCCUCACCUGCUUUCCAGCAGCCUCUACAACAGCCUUUCUCAACCUGUGGGUCCCCAGAUGUCGCUGGACUACAACUCCCAUCAUCCCUAGCUAGCAAGGCCAGAGCUCAGGGAUGAUGGGAGUUGUAGUCCAACAAAAUCUGGGGAUCCACAGGUUGAGAACCGCUGCUCUACAAGCUGCCCAAGGGAGGAGGCCAGCAGCAGUGGCCACAGAGAUGCCACGGAGGGGCAACAAGAGGCCUCCUCACAGCCUCCACUGUCAUUGGGGACAAGCACUCAUCCUCCUCCCCAAGCUCGGUGGCGGUAGCUCUGGCAGGGAAAACAGGGACAUUACGGGAUUAAAUCAGAAGCCGGUUGGCUUUCAUAAUACCGGGGCUGUCCCUAGAAAAUCAGGACAAACUUGGAGGGUAUGGGGUAGUGAACUUUGAUUUUCAUGGCACUUUCUUUGGCCUUGCACCCCAUCAAGUGUUUUCUUUCUCAGCUCCUUUUUCACCGGGAGAUUGGCUGCCUCUGCAGCAGAGAGAACAUUGUAGACACUCUCCAAGAGUGGCUGGUGGCACCCAACCCCCUGAUGCAGAUGGGCAGCCUGCGAGGACUAAGCCAUAUUCUACAGGAACCGCUGGCGGUAAGAAAUUGGUGGCAGGGGGCACAUUAUGGAGCGGUGUACAAAUUAACCUAACAACGCUUUGCCUUUCAAUGAGCCAGUUGAAAGGAGAUUCCCUUAUUCUGCUGCAGCCUUAUUCUCAGGGGCAGACCAGCAUAGGCAGGAAGCUGCCUUAAAGAGAGUCAGGCCAAUGGUCUGGCUAUCUCAGGGUUGCCUACACUGGUUGGCAGCAGAAAGACUAAUCUGGCACCUCGUUUGCCUUUCUGUCCACUCCCGUCCCCAGGUGUCAAGAUACAACCAGAAACUGCCAGCCACCUUAAGGGAGCUCACAGAGUUGCUGAGGAGCACGAGGCCCGAACAUCGGGAGACAGCAGCCAAUUGAAAACAACGCUCUUAAGAUGA